AAGUAACCCCUCGGGUUUCGCCUUUUUUUCGCCUUUCCGCCCAUCACAGAAUCUUCACCAAAAUCAUCACCAAAACCAUCAACAGAAACCUGGGCUUUCACCACCAACUUUCCCCGUGUGUUGUUGAUCUGUUUGGCUAUUCCGAUUGGUACUGAGAGUAUUGAAACGGGACCACGAAGAAAGGAAAAGAUAGAGCAUAAUGGCACAGCAAAUGAUGGAGAUGCCGGAUAUGUCCAAUGCCAUCGUUGCACAGGACGAGAUGGGAAGACCUUUCAUCAUUGUGAGAGACCAGGGCAACAAGAAGAGGGUGCACGGCGUGGAGGCCAAGAAGCAGCACAUCCUUGCUGCUCGUGCUGUUGCGAGCAUCAUCAAGACGUCGCUGGGGCCUCGUGGGCUGGAUAAGAUCCUUGUGAGCCCUGAUGGUGAGAUCACCAUCACCAACGAUGGGGCGACGAUUCUGUCGCAGAUGGAGCUGGACAACGAGAUUGCCAAGCUGCUGGUGGAGCUGUCCAAGUCCCAGGAUGACGAGAUCGGUGACGGCACCACGGGUGUUGUUGUGCUGGCUGGUGCGUUGCUGGACCAGGCGUUGGAGCUGAUCGACAAGGGCAUCCAUCCUAUAAAGAUCGCCAAUGGCUUCGACGAGGCGUGCAAGGUUGCCAUCGACCAGCUCGACAAGGAAGCCGACGACAUCGAGAGCAACGUGGAGAUCCUGCUGAGGGCUGCGAAGACGUCGCUGGGCUCCAAGAUCGUGUCAAAGGCCCACGAUCAGUUUGCUCAGAUGGCUGUCGACGCGGUGCUCUCUGUUGCUGACAAGGAGCGUAAGGACGUUGACUUCGAGCUGAUCAAAGUGGAAGGCAAAGUGGGUGGCUCCCUCGAGGACUCCAAGCUCAUCAAAGGUGUCAUCAUCGACAAGGACUUCUCCCAUCCUCAGAUGCCAAAGUACAUCGAGGAUGUCAAGAUCGCCAUCUUGACAUGCCCAUUCGAGCCUCCAAAGCCAAAGACAAAGCACAAGCUGGACAUCUCCACAGUGGAGGAGUUCAAGCACCUCCAGGACUACGAACAGGACAAGUUCAAGGAGAUGGUUUCAAGGGUUAAGGACUCAGGUGCCAACUUGGUCAUUUGCCAGUGGGGGUUUGACGAUGAGGCAAACCAUCUUCUCUUGCAACACCACUUGCCUGCUGUGCGCUGGGUUGGUGGUCCUGAGCUGGAGCUGAUUGCCAUUGCAACAAACGGCCGUAUUGUUCCAAGAUUCGAAGACUUGUCGGCUGAUAAGCUGGGUAAAGCUGGCAAAGUCCGUGAGCUGGAAUUCGGUACAACAAGAGACCGUAUGCUGGUGAUUGAAGAAUGCUCAAACUCCAGGGCCGUGACCUGCUUCAUCAGAGGCUCAAACAAGAUGAUUGUCGAUGAGGCCAAGCGUGCUUUGCACGAUUCUCUGUGUGUUGUGCGUAACUUGAUCAAGGACUCCCGUGUUGUGUACGGAGGUGGUGCUGCUGAGAUCACAUGUUCUCUUGCCGUGUCGGAAGCUGCUGAUAAACAACCUGGCAUAGGCCAAUACGCCUUCAGAGCCUUUGCCAAUGCGCUGGAUCAAGUUCCAAUGACUCUUGCGGAGAACUCCGGGUUGGAUCCUAUAGAGACGUUAGCCAAUGUAAAGGCAAGACAGGUGAGGGAGGCCAACUCGCACCUGGGUGUGGACUGCUUGGGGAAGGACUCGAACGACAUGAAGGAGCUAUUCGUCGUUGAUCCACUCAUCGGGAAGAAGCAGCAGUUGCUAUUGGCUACACAGUUAACAAGAAUGAUUUUGAAGAUCAACGACGUUAUCAUCAGUGGAAAGGACUCCUAUUGAGCGUGGAGGGGCU